AUGGAUCAACAGGAGGAACUGACGGUGAUCCCAGCUACCCUGGAGAUCCCAUGUCCACCAUGUGAUCUGUCGCACGUGGACCCCGCAUCAGUGCCUUUGCCACCUUCUCCUCCAGCGUCGCCGACAACCCCGUCGCUAUCGCCAGAGUCAACCAUGGGGCCAGGUGAGUUGGGUGGCUCGGCCCGUUCCAGUCCCAUCCCGGAGUUGAAGGCCAAAUCCCCUGGAAUUGAAUCCCCGGCACUUGAAGCUCCCGCGCCAGUGGAAGAAUCUGUUUCAUUCGAGGAUUUUGCAACAAGGUAUCGUCAGAGCCAAAGGAAGAAGGCCCAGAGGAAGCGACUGGAACAGCGUCUGCGCGCAACUAAAGUAUCCAUCGGCGUGUCUGCGCGCAUGAUCCGCAUCGGAACUACUGUCCAGCGCGGCCUCGUGGAAGGGCUCAAACAUGAUGACAAGGCCAGUUUUAUUACGUUAUACCAUUUUCUUCAUGAUCUCCAGGAUUCGUGUGUCUCUGCCCACCAGGACACCCAGGAUUCGCUGGACGACCGAGGCUCGGACGCCGAACUGGAUCAUUCGGCCGACUUCUUCCACCAACUGAGUCCUCAGUCCCGGACGGAUCUGUUGGAAAUCUUGCGACUGCUGGCUGCCUUUACGGCCUCUUCUACCGCUUUGGACGCCGGCGAUGCUGCUUUCUCUUCAUCGUCCCGCUCUCGAUCUCACUAUUCUUUUAAUCGAAACCUGGCCCAGUCUGCCCCGUUCAAGGACCAUGCUUAUUCCUUUGAAAGGACCGAUCCGCUCUCUAUUUUGUUUUGUAACGUUUUUGCCGCCCCGCUAGAGCCCGAUACACCGGAGGCCCAUCUUCGCCUGGAUGUCUGGUCUUCUGUCUGCGCCCAACUAAUGUCCCAUGGCAGUAGUAAAUUUUUCCCUUUGGUCAAUCAGAUCCUAUCCUCCUGUGUUACGGGAAGUAACUGGAUAGCCCGUCCCAAAUUUGAACUCUACCUCAUGGAUAUCUUACAAACGGGAGCCUUUCUACUGGAGCAUACCGAUACUGCCGGACUGGACUUUGCCGCUGACACCAUGGAUCCCCUGCGCACGGAGGUUGCUGAAGAGUUCUUUGCUUCUGCGGUUGAUGAUCUCUUCCGCGUGCUCGAGGAUCCUGAUGCCGGUUUCCCUCGCGCCGUGCUUCAGUUUGCCAGGGCCGUUCUGCGGAAAUUACCCAGUCCUGACAUGCGCAGCCGUUUUCUUGAGUACCUUUUCUUGCAGUGGUUUUUUCCGAAGUUCCUCUAUAGUGCUUUGACUUAUCCGGAAGUAUACGCAUGGACUGCUCUGGACUUCCACAUUAGGAAAGAGGCUCGCGACAAGCUGCUUAAUCAGGUUGGCCUCCGAGCAUAUUCACAGGUCUUUGCCGUUUUGCGGUCAAUGCAUCAUUUCUCACUGCGCCCAGCAGUCAAGCAACGGGUUGAUUACAUGAUUUCGCGAUUCCAAAGUCCGUUUCUUGACGAUGGACCUCCUGAGCUUUCUUCAGCCGAUCCCAGCCGCCAGAAUCCAGCCUCAACUUUUCUGCUUCUAUCAGCUGCGGAUGUACUCAGCCUUCUGAAUGGCCUAUUCCCGCAGUCACCUUCUUCUCUGCAUACAUCGCCAUCAACGGCUGGAAUGCCAUCCUGGUCUGGUAUUUCAACAUCCUAUAGCAUGCGUUCUGAACCUCUUGCCGAGCCUGGCUUCUACCGAUCGACAAAUAACCAAAGCCCGCGGCCUCCUUCCCAGAAUGGAUCCAUAUUCUCCAUGGAGUCCUCGUUUAUUUCCGUGCCCGAUAGUAGCCUAUCACAGACUGCUGCUCGAAUACGCUUUGAGUUAACAGAUCUAGACGAGCCUAUACAUCGCCCGAAUCUGGAGCACCCAUCGGAAGAAAAUUGGACUAUAUUCUCAAUAUCGAAGGAUGGCCACGAUUUGACUUGGAGCUUACUCCCUGACUUUGGAACCGGGUCUUCGAAAACCCUGACCUUGGAAAAUGAUGAUGACCCUCACACCACAAAUCUUGGCCAGGAGGAGAACCAUGAAGCUACGCAGACGGCAGUCAUACGUCUUGUAGAAGACAGUGAUCUGCACAAUGCGAGCGAUUUCGAGCACCCACUCCGAACAUCGGCACCUCCUUCAUCCCUAAGGCAACGUUUCAACAUGGCUAUGGCCGCAGCUCAUAACGUGUCGGAUUUCACCGGCGCACAUUACUGGUGGAAUGCGUCUCGACAACUUCGACAGGAACACCUUUCCGCGUCAUCUCCCGGCGAUUCCUGGAUUUUAGGACCAAUGCACAAAUCAUGUAUCAACUCAUUGAAGAAAUCUCGAGCAGUGGUGGAACGCUGUGAGAGUGACUUUGUGUCGCUCGACCAUAGCUUACAUCGACUGCAAGGGCAGCUGAAGACGCUCAUGUCAACUAUCGAUAAGAUUCGCACUAAAAUGUGGUACAUGACGGAUGUCAAGAAUUCGAUGAAAUACGAAGAGGCUCGACACGUGGCCAUGGCUCUGAAGACCAUGAUCUCGCGACCGUUUGAUCUCCCAGAAGAGUCACGAGCACGUACCGCAGCACGGUCGCUCGGGGGUUCUUUGUUCCAAAAGCCUGAGAUACAGGUCAUGAACAUGAUGAAAGCUCCGAGCAGUCAGGGUGGCCCAAAGAAACUUUCUGACGAGCAAGUGGAGUUGACACGCAAGUGGCUGUCUCUGAAUGGAAUUGAGAAUUUCUGCAAAGGCGAGGAGAGAAUCCAUCGUUUCUGCUAUGAGGUGCGCAUGAGCAUCAGUCGCCUGGUAGGCGAGACCAUGUCAGAGACACCGGUUCUAUGGGCCAGUGAAUUAUUCCAGCGGGAGCGAGCUCAGUACGAAGGCUCUGGCUCUCGACCUUUCCCGGGACUGUCUAUUCCCACAAACCUUCGUCCCUCUACAGCCACAAGUGAAGAGUUAGGCACACCCUUAUCACUGGGAUUUAAUUUGCCCACCCCGAGUCCGCUCUCUCCCUUGCCCCACGAUCUGCCAUCAGCGAUGAGCGAGAAACAAUCUAUGCCUCGCUUUGGCGCUGAGAAAUGGCGGACUAGCCGCGGGCCACCAUCUGUCGACUUUAGCUCAGUCGCAGGAUCGCCGGGCCGUGCAGCAUCGACUUCGACUGGUGAUACCUAUAGCACGUUUUGGUCAGGCCACCAGCACCACCCCGCUUAUGCUGAGAGUGUCUCAAGCGUUUACUCCAGGCCGCCGUCCAUGUACAGCGAAACCUUGGCUCGUCCUGCCGGACACUCUGACCGAGCGCCCCAGGGGCAAUCUAAGGAACGAGCCCAAAGCAAGCGCCAAGGGAGGACCCAGAGGAAGACCGCAUUCAUGGACAAUUUGAAACAAACUCUUGCCAGUCUUCUCUUAACCGAUCUUGGUUCUCCAGUUUGGAGUUGUGGCAGCGAAACGGAUGCUUGGUUCACGAACGCACUCGACAAACCGCACAUUCGAAUGCAGAUGCAAAAGAGGGCAACAAUCCAGAAGUUCUAUGAUGACUACGAUCAGCGAUCAAAGCAUCUUCGCGAACGUCGCCGGUCAUCUGGGGACAAGUCGGAUACCGGCGAGGAGUCAACCCAGGAAGAUGACCAGCCAGACUUCUCCUACAAGGCUGUCUUCCACAGGCUUAUCGAGGUGUUCUCUCGACACGGGAAUCCAUACGUUAAACUUAAUGCCCUGAGGGAUCUCAGGUCGCUGAUUGUUUUUUCGCUCAAUUCUGCACAUGAGACCCAUCCUGCGGGCGCCCGAGGUAGUAGCAUUGAAACACCAACACCAAGCACUCCUCAACAUCGUCGAAGAUCGACGCGUCGCAGCUUUUCAGAGCCUCGAAUGACAGCUAUGACGCCAAUGGAGACAAGCCUCCCCAUGUCAUCUCCCGCAGAGUCGGUCACCUAUGGCUCACAGCGUUCCGAUUACUUGACGCCAUCAGAUGACCAAAUCAUAUCCAAACUCCGGGAACUCAUCUUGGAAGUCAAGCCGAAAACUCUCUUCCGGGACCUUCAGUUCAUCUCAGCGUUCGUUCCCGCCGACCAACUAAACCGAACUGACCGCGGGACUGCCUUCCUCCACUUCGGCCUUGCCGCUCUCAGUCUUAAGGACGAAGUCUGCCACAGCAUGGUCGAGAUCGCAGAUCGUAUCGUAUCGCAAGAGCUCAUGCGCCGACACCCACCUCCAGGUUCAGAAUUCUUCCCGCAAUCAGGCCAUGCAGUUGAAAUGGCAGCCUCCAUGUGGAUUAUCACCGCGAAGGAAGGUAACCCCGUCGCACAGCGCGAGCUCGCCAUUCUCUACUUAACACACCCCGAGCUCCUUCCCCGGGUAACUCUACCUCUCACACGCCCGCGUGACACGUUCAAGGCAGAGAUGAUGUAUCUGCGCGGCAAAGACUCCAAAUCCGACCCGCAAAGCAUGUGCCUGGCGCUGCACUGGAUGCAGCUCUCCGCCAACGGCGGCGAUGUGCUCGCGCGCAACCGACUCCGCGAACGCGAGGAGUUUGAUUCUAUUGCAUAA